CGCUUCCGGCGGAAAUGAGGCGUACUGUUAGAGAGUAAUCUGACGUGGGUAGGAAGUCGGGCUGGUUUCCCGGCGGCUCAGACCCCGUUACCCCCCCAGUCUCCCCUGGGGUACGGCCUGGAGCCCCCCACCCCGAUUCCAUCAUGCUCGAUUUCUUUACCAUCUUUAGCAAGGGAGGCCUCGUUCUCUGGUGCUUCCAAGGCGUGCGCGGCCCCGCGGCGGCCUGCACUGCUCCUGUGAACGCGCUUAUCCGUUCUGUUCUGCUCCAGGAGCGGGGUGGCAGCAAUUCUUUCACCCAUGAAGCCCUUACACUUAAAUACAAGCUGGACAAUCAAUUUGAACUUGUCUUUGUGGUUGGAUUUCAGAAAAUCCUGACUCUAACCUACGUGGAUAAGUUGAUAGAUGAUGUUCAUAAGGAGUUCAGAGAUAAAUAUCGAAAUGAGUUCCAACAGAAGGGAACUCUUGGGAUUCUCAAUGGCACCUUUGAUUUUAAGGAGGAUUUUUUACGUCUUCUACGGGAAGCAGAGGAGAGCAGCAAAGCCCGAGCUCCCACUGCAAUGAAGACGUUUGAACAGUCGGCAAAGUCCCAAAAAACCGUGAAGUCUAUGAUAGAAACUCGGGGGGAGAAACCCAAAGAGAAAACUAAGAACAAGAAAAGCAAAGGUUCCAAAAAAGAAGCUCUGGGAAGUGAAGCGGCUCCAGCCCCCAAAGCAACCCCAGCUGUUAAGCAGGACCCUCCUGUUGCAGCUGGGGACAGGGAAGAACUAACCAAGGAUGAGAUCGUGCAGAAGAACCGGCAGGAAUUCUUUAGGAAAUGCCUGAAGGGGGGAGAGAAGUCUAACAAGUCUCCAAAGCCGGAUGCCCAGAAGGACAAGGGGAAGAAGCCCAGAGUGUGGGAUCUGGGGAAUUCUAAUGCCAAAGUACUUGAUUAUAGUAACUCCACUACCAAUGGAAACACAGACACUUGUCCCAUGGAGGAAUACGAUCCAGAUAUGGUCCUUGGGGAUAGCAAUCGCGAGCCUGGCCGUCUCCGUGAUCUUGAGUAUGAGAGUGAAGAGGAAACUGAAGAAGAGGAGAAGGUGUUUCAGAACUGUUCAGGUGCAAGUGCCAAGAAGGGUGGCCUUGGAGGCAUGUUUGGGAUGCUUAAAGGCCUUGUAGGCUCUAAAAGCGUAACCAGAGAUGACAUGGACCCUGUUUUGGAGAAGAUGAAGGAUCACCUGAUUGCUAAGAACGUUGCUGCUGAAAUUGCUGUCCAACUGUGUGAAUCAGUUGCAAAGAAGCUGGAAGGCAAAGUGAUGGGUACCUUUACCACAGUGACCUCAACUGUGAAGCAGGCUCUUCAAGAAUCUCUGGUACAGAUCCUACAGCCCCAGCGCCGUGUGGAUGUCUUGCGUGCUGUGAUGGAAGCCCAGCGUCACCGUCGACCUUACGUCAUCACUUUUUGUGGCGUCAAUGGAGUUGGGAAGUCAACCAACUUGGCCAAGAUUUCUUUCUGGCUGAUUGAAAACGGGUUUAGCGUCCUCAUUGCUGCCUGUGAUACUUUCCGUGCUGGUGCUGUGGAGCAGUUGCGGACUCAUACUCGCCGCUUGAACGCUCUUCACCCUCCCGAGAGCCACAGUGGCCACACCAUGGUGCAGCUUUAUGAGAAGGGCUAUGGGAAGGACGCAGCUGGCAUUGCCAUGGAAGCCAUUUUGUACGCACGUAACCAAGGUUUUGAUGUAGUCUUGGUGGACACAGCAGGCCGUAUGCAGGACAAUGCUCCUUUGAUGACAGCUCUGGCUAAACUUAUAGCGGUGAACACCCCUGACCUCGUCCUGUUUGUGGGAGAAGCCUUGGUGGGAAACGAGGCUGUGGAUCAGCUGGUCAAAUUUAACAAGGCCCUAGCUGAUCACUCCAUGGCUCAGACCCCACGCCUCAUUGAUGGAAUAGUGCUCACCAAAUUUGACACCAUAGAUGACAAGGUUGGUGCUGCAAUUUCCAUGACGUACAUCACUAGCAAACCAAUUGUGUUUGUGGGUACUGGACAGACCUACUGUGACCUGCGUAGCCUUAAUGCCAAGGCUGUGGUUGCUGCUCUCAUGAAGGCCUAACCACCAGUUAUUGCACCAAAUUCCUGUCUGCAGAUGUCUGAGAAUGUGCUUUUCCAGCGUGACCGUCUUUAGAAUCCUUUUUUCCCCUUCUUUUUGGCAUAGUGCAACACAGAAUGGAGGGAUGCUGGAGAAGGGGCUGCUUACCUGACUAUUGAUCCUCCUCUUGGUUUUGCAGAUGCACACUUUCCUUUAUGUAAUGCGUGGGUUUAAUUGUACUAGGAGGCACCUAUCUUCAUUUAUGUUCCGCUUACUUUAAAUUAACGACAAUUCUUACACACACAUUGGCUCUAAGUGUUCCAGGGUUGUUUUCACUAUCUCAUUGAGCCCUCUUUUCUAUCUCUUUUCAUUUUGCCUGCUUCAGACAGAGGCCAGACCCACUUCUGAUUUUGUUUCAGUGAUGCCAAAAGCAUAUGGGAGUUGUCUUAGCCAAUGGGCUGUCUUCUAGCAGGCAUUUAGUUGCCCAGGGACAGCUCUGGUGCAUCAAGCUACGUAGUUGACACUUGCAUUGAUCAGAGCAGUUUACCAAACCUUUCAAACAAACAAAAAAAUUCCAAGAGCAAAUCCUGCUUACAGAGGGGUAGUGGGGGGGGCUGUUGAUGCCUUUAAAAGGUCCUCCUUUUUACUGUAGUUCGACUCUUCACAGCAGGGCCAUCCAGACACUGCCCUGGACUCUAGUGUGUGUUUUUUUAAAAGUGCAGAAAUCUGAGAGGCCAUUUCUGAUCACAUAUUUGCAAGCAGGGACAUACUAUUUUCCCAGCGUGUUUCCAACUGAUCAAUGAGCUGCUUCUAAAUGCAUCCUUUUUUUUCUCAUUGGGGGUUCAAUACAGGCCCCUUCUCACAACUGUGAUGCUUGUUGCUGGAUAUCAGACUCUUUUUGUCAGAGUUGUUUCUUGCGAGCAUAUGCCAUAACUUUGCACGCUACACAAGUUGCAUAUGCAAAACUGAAGCCUGUGCUCAAGACUGAACCCUUCAGAGAAUCCCUUUGUCCCUAAAUGGAGACUUAUUCAAACAAGGACGGCAGAGGAGCUGGUUGCGUGACCAAUCGGAGGACUGUCCCCACUGCCUUGCCUCCCACCUCUUCCUGCCUAAUCAUUAGAGGAAGGAAUAAAAUUGGUCUACAUGAGUCUUUGCACACUCUCCUACCUGCACCAGCUUUUGCUUUUCAGAACCCGUCGGUGAAAGGGAUUUUCUGGUGGGUAAAACGCUGGUGGCUGCUUGCUGCUUUUCUGCCCCUCCCUUCAGAGUGCCUCUUGAUCCUGGUAUAAAGUGCUAUGUUGAAUACAAAAACUCUAUGAAGAUGUCUCGUAGCUCAGUAUUGCAGAUGUGCUAGUGCAAUAAGUUGAAUGCUGUCUGCUAAAAGGUAAUUUAUAUAAUAAAAUUUCAUUUAAAAAACAAA